AUGAGUCAACUUCCUUGGCAACCUCUAGCACGUCAUGAUGAUAAUUGUGAUGAUCAAAUUGAGAAAAUAUUAGAUUUGCAGAACAUACGGGGAUUAACAGACUAUCAAAAGCUCUUACCUUUCUGGCUUGUUUGGCGGAUAUGGAAGGCAAGAUGUAAUCUUGUCUUCAAGAAACAAAUAACUCCUCCUCAGUUUAUUAUUCAGCAGGCAAAUGCAGAUGUCAAAGAAUGGAUACACUCAUUGACCAUAAAAAACUCAAUUUCUUUGACCUCUUCUCAACCACAGCGCUUGCAACAGUUACCAUGGCGGCGUCCACAAUUAGGUUACCACAAAUGUAGUUUUGAUGCAAGCUAUAAUCUUCAUACAACAGAGUCUUCAGCUGGUUGGAUUACUAGAGAUCACUCAGGAAAAGCACAUUCAUGGGGAACGACUUCUCUUGGAGCAACAACAUCACCUCUUGAGGCUGAAGCAAAGGCGCUUUUGGUGGCAAUGCAACAAACGUGGGCUAUGGGUUUGGACUAUGUGAUUUUUGAAGGAGAUUGCAAGAUUUUGAUUGAUACUCUACACUGA